UACUUUAUACAGAACAUUUUGGCGCUAGAAUCACAGAAGUUAGGUCUAGAUAGGAAUAUGUUAAGAUUUCGCGAAUUAUUUCCAAAAAGGGCAUGUUCUAUUAUAGGAAUGAUACAUAUUGGUGCAUUACCUGGUACUCCUAAAUAUAAUGGAAAUAUGAAGGAAAUAAUAAAAAAUGCAUUGAAGGAAGCAAUGAUCUAUAAAGAUUGUCAAGUGGAUGGUAUUAUUGUAGAAAACAUGCAUGAUGUUCCAUAUGUUAAAUCUAAAGACAUAUCAUCUGAAACUAUAGCCAUGAUGACAAGAAUUUGUGUUGAAAUUAGGAAAUUAAUGCCUGAAAGCAUAGCUUGUGGUACACAGAUUUUAGCAGGUUGUAAUAAAGAAGCAUUAGCUGUUGCAAAGGCUGCUGAUUUCAACUUUAUUAGAAGCGAAGGUUACAUUUUUUCACAUAUUGCUGACGAAGGUUUUAUGGAUGGUUGUUCAGGAAAUCUUCUUCGUUAUAGGAAAUAUAUUGAUGCGAAUAAUAUUCUUAUUUUUGCAGAUAUUAAAAAAAAACAUAGUUCACAUGCAAUAACAUCAGAUAUCAACGUAUUAGAAACAGUCAAAGCUGCAGAAUUCUUUCUAGUGGAUGGAGUUAUAUUAACAGGCUCUAGAACUGGAGAUCCUGCAGAUGUACAAGAAUUGAAUGAAGUUAAAAAAGUGGCAAGAGGACCUGUUCUUGUUGGAUCUGGAGUUUCUAUUGAUAACAUAGAUCGUUAUAUAUCUUCAGACGCUGUAAUAAUUGGGACAAAUUUUAAGAUAAAUGGAAAUUGGGAAAAUGCAGUUGCUAAAGAAAAAGUUGAUGACUUCAUGAGAAAAUUAGAAAAGAUACAGAAACAAAAGUAUUAACACAAAUUGUUAAUCACUGUCUUUAAUUUAUAUUAAUUAAUUCGUACUUUAUAAUUUCAUACAAAUAAUAUUAAUAUAAAAAUAUAAAAUCAUAAAA